AUUGUGUGACUCGAAUCGUUCUCUUUCGUUCGUUGUCCUUCGACCGAGAAAGAACUAAACAAUGGCGGACGCAGCUCCAGCCGGUGGGCGCGGUGGUUUCCGUGGAGGCCUAGGUGGUGCACGUGGAGGUCGUGGUGGCCCACGUGGUCGUGGUCGCGGCCGAGGUAGAGGCCGUGGACGCGGUAAAGAAGACCAAAAAGAAUGGAUUCCUGUAACCAAACUGGGCCGUCUUGUGCGUGACGGAAAAAUCCGGUCACUUGAAGAAAUCUAUCUUUUCUCUCUUCCAAUUAAAGAAUACGAAAUCAUCGAUUUCUUUAUCGGGCCUUCCCUCAAGGAUGAGGUAUUGAAAAUUAUGCCAGUACAGAAGCAAACUCGUGCUGGUCAACGUACCCGUUUCAAGGCUUUCGUAGCUAUUGGUGAUAGCAACGGCCACAUUGGUUUGGGUGUAAAGUGCAGCAAGGAAGUAGCCACUGCCAUUCGAGGGGCGAUCAUUCUCGCCAAACUGUCUGUCGUUCCCGUGCGUCGUGGUUAUUGGGGUAACAAAAUCGGUAAACCCCAUACUGUACCAUGCAAGGUCACAGGUAAAUGCGGUUCAGUCACUGUGCGUCUGAUCCCCGCUCCACGUGGUACCGGCAUCGUAUCUGCACCCGUUCCCAAGAAACUGCUUCAAAUGGCCGGUAUUGAAGAUUGCUACACUUCAGCGAGAGGCUCAACCGGUACUCUUGGCAACUUCGCUAAAGCAACUUACGCUGCUAUCGCCAAGACUUAUGCUUACUUGACACCAGAUUUGUGGAAGGAGAUGCCUCUAACCAAGACACCGUACCAAGAGUUUGCUGAUUACUUGGCUAAAAAUCACCGCCCCGUUUCGGGACAGAGACCAGCUGAAGCUGGCCUCUAACCCGACAAACGUUCGGUUUUUUUCGUUUGAUUUUUUAAGUUGAUUUCAAGCACUUGCGUUCAAUACGUUCAUGGGUAGAAAAAGUGAAAUACGAUUGUUGAAUAAAAUGUAUUCAAUAAUCCUAUUUCGCAAAUUCUGUCCAUGAAUGUAUUGAAGCAUGAAAAAUAAUAAUUGUUUAAAAAUAAGAAACAAAAAAAUAAACAGGUCUUGUGAAAA